ACACAAUUUACCACCAUGAAGCUUCUGGUUGUAUCGGUGUUGGUGGCAGCAGCGUCUGCAGCGCUCCAGUCCUAUUCUGCCCCAGAGGCAGGUCAAGCUGGACACUCUAGCGGUGUUCCACUCCAAGCAGCGGUUGGGCAUUCUACUGGUGCUGGACACUCUGCCGGUGCUGGACUCUCAGUUGGCGCUGGACACUCAGAUGCAGGGAGGGUGAAGUUCUUCACGUAGAUGGUACCUGUGUCACCCCAGAAAUUAAUCGAAAAGUGUACGUCUUCAAUGUGCCUGAACAACCUAAGGUACCCAGUGGUCCUCCACCAAGUAUUCCUCCACCUCGUGUUGAUCACAAUAUUCUCUUUGUAAAGCUACCAGAAGAAGGACCAGGACCUGAACCCAUCGUUCUUCCUCCACCGAGGACUGAAAACAUCGUGUACGUUCUCAACAAGAAGACUGAAGAGGGUCAGCGUGUGAUCGAAGUACCAGCUCAUCCUCAGACCGAUCCUGAAGUUUACUUCGUCAACUAUCAAGAUGGAGAAAAUCCGACUCUUCCCAUUGGUGUCGACCUUGAGACUGCUCUUAGUGCAGCUGCUGCAACGGGCGGUCAAGUCCUAGGUGGUGCCGGAGGCCUUGGUGGAUUUGGUGGAGCUGCAGGUGCUGCCGGAGGACACGGUGGAGGCCAUUUUAACGGAGCAGCAGGCGGUCAAGUUCUCGGAGGUCUUGAAGGCGCAAGUGGAGUAGCCGGCUUAGGUGGCGUUGCUGGUGCAGCAGGCGGUCAAGUUCUCGGAGGUCUUGAAGGCGCAAGUGGAGUAGCCGGCUUAGGUGGCUUUGCUGGUGGUGUUUCUGGAGGACAAGGAGGAAGUGGCUUUGGAUCUGUAAAUGGAGGUGAAUUAGUUGGUGUUAAUGGAGCUGGUAUUGGUUUGGGUUUCAACGGAGGCGCUAGUGGGGUUCAUUCAGGCCAAGGAAGCACACCAUCAGGCCUGUAUAAUGCACCAUAAUAAUUUUUUUCUCGCUUGUUCCACGUAUAGUAGCGAUGCCCCAAUAUAUAUAUUAUGUCUAAAAUAUAUCGAUUUAUCAAAAA